GCCGGGUGACGUCAGGGGUCACAUGAGCGGCCGGGGCCAUCGCCAGGCUCCCGAGCGCGGUGCGCCCCCGCCCCCCCCGCGCCUUCCUCGCGCUCCCGCUGCCGCCGCCGCCUCACGCCCGCUCCCCUGCCCCCGCCAUGGCUCGCGCCCAGGGCGCGCGGGGGCUGCUUGCGGCGGCCGCCCUGCUCGAUGCAGGAGCACUGUGCUCUUCCUACAGAUGAAAUACAAGAUCAGCAGCUUCCCGGCUGUACCCAACCUGCCCCAGCACAUCCCCUUGGUUGAGGUUUGGUUGGCAGUGGACCAGCAUGGGUCAAAGCCUGUGCUGCUGUCAGAAGGCUUUUUACAGGCUUCCUCAUCAUUUGAGGUUAAAGAUUCGAGUGGUAAGGUCUGCAUAAUUGCUAAUCUGACAGUCGCCUUCUCAGUGGAAUACAAAAGCAAUGGUCAGAAAGAGUUUGCACACUUUUUUCUUCCACCAAAUGCUACAGUAGAGCCACAGAGCACAUGUGGUAAUGAUAACACGUCUCAUCCGCUUCUGGUGUUGGGUUUUGGAGCAGGACAUUCAUUAAGCCUGAAUUUCUCAGAAAAUGCAGACAAGUACCAAGUUGAAGAGCUAGUUCUCCACUACAACCUGUCAGAUGCAACUUUAUUCCAUAAUUCAACCGCAGGAGGAGUGAAGAAAGUAUCACAUAAAAAUAUUAUUCAGGCAUUUAUGGGCACAAGGUACAGAUGCAUCAGCUCCAAGCACAUCAAUAUGAAGAAUGUGAAUGUUACUUUUAGCAACGUUACUUUGGAAGCCUAUCUCACAAAUGGCACUUUCAGUUUGAACAAGACAGAAUGUGCUGAAGAUAUGGUCUCUACUACUGCUGUAGUGCCUACAACUCCUAAACAGACUACUAGCCAGGUUCCAACAGCUAGCCCAGCACCAACUGCAACCCCCUCAAAUCCUGCAGUUGGUAAAUACAACGUGACUGGUCCAAAUGGAACCUGUGUACUUGCCUCCAUGGGGUUACAGCUUAAUAUCUCCUAUCUAAAAAAAGAUGAAAAGAUGGGUUUGGAUUUGCUGAAUUUCAUCCCACUUAAUACAACUUCUUCUGGGAAAUGCGACGACACGUCUGCCUUCUUGAAUUUGAGUUUUGAGAAAACGAGGGUUGUCUUCCACUUUGCACUGAAUGCAAGUACCGAGAAAUUCUUCCUGCAAGGUGUGAAUGUAAGCACGACUCUGCCUUCUGAAGCAAAAGUUCCAAAGUUUGAGGCAUGGAACAACAGCAUGAGCGAGCUGAGAGCCACAGUUGGGAACUCCUAUAAGUGCAGCGCAGAGGAGAAUCUCCAGGUCACAGACAAAGCCCUUCUCAAUGUAUUUAAUGUUCAGAUCCAGGUUUUCAAGAUUGAUGGAGACAAAUUUGGGGCAGUGGAAGAAUGUCAACUGGAUGAAAACAACAUGCUGAUCCCCAUAAUAGUCGGUGCAGCCCUUGCUGGUCUUGUUCUAAUUGUCUUGAUCGCUUAUUUGAUUGGCAGAAAGAGGAGCCAUGCUGGAUAUCAAACAAUUUAAUGACUUGCACUAAAAUCCAGUGUAGAUGAAAAGCAAUUGCAAGAGGCUGGGGGGAAAAAAAACCAAACCCCACCCACUUCCCCUGAGCUAAGAUUGAUAUUGUAAGGGAACACCUUCUCUUGCAAAUUGCUGCUUCUUUCAAGUCUGCUUUAUUAAAUGUGAAAUCAUCCUGCAGCAUUUAACUAUGCACAGAAAUAACUUCUGAAAAUUCUGGUGUUUAAUUUUUGCUAACUAGUUGAAAAAUAUUUACCCACUUAGAAACAAGCUGAAAGUUUUUAAGGGUGUUUUUUGUGGAAUUGGCCUAAGAUCACGUCAGCUAAAGAUUCCAGAGAGGGAUGUUGCUAAUUCACACUGACCCAAUUUCAGAACUGGUAACAAAGGGAAAAGGUUGGUUCUUCGUACCGCUGCCAUCCGGCGGCCGCGUUUAACGACACCGAUCGUGCGUUGAGAAAAAACCCCACCCCACCUCCAUCGGUAACGACUGACAAAACUGAAAUCUCCAACCUAAACUCCACCUCGUGUCUUAGGUGUGUGUGUUUUUUUUACUAAGCUUUAAACCCGCUGCCUGGCGUGCGCAGGGUGUGAAGGACGCAACAGUCAGACCUUACGGGAGCUCUUUAUGCCUGGACGGCUGCCCUGGUUGAAGCUCGUGAGGCCGCGCCAGCUCGGCAGGAGCUGGGACUUUUUAAAAAUGGGUGUUAUUUUUAUUUACUUAGGGUUUUUUUUUUGUAAAGUGAUUUCAGUCUAUUCUGUUGGAAGGUCCAGAGAGAUCCUGUUACUGCACACGUGUACAAUAUAGAUCUCACUCUGCUGAUUCUCUUGCUUUAAACUUGGCUGGGGGGUUGUACACUUUAAGGAUCAGUUCUUAUGUAUGCAUUGCCUGUAACAAUGCUAAUAAAGACACUUUUUUCUGUA